AUCAUGCUGACACUGUUCACCCAUUGCAUUGCACCAAAGUCGCUGAGAGUCAAGAGGACCAAACUGGCACUAUCCACGUGUAGGUUCAUUUAAACAGCAAACACACUCGUUAUAAACACACGCGCGCGUGAUUUUACUAAAAAACAUGGAGUGCUUAUCGUUACUACAGCUUACUGCGAAAUCAUAGCAUGAGUAAUAACUUGCUCCGUUAGUCAGCCUGUAUUUAUUAUUCUAGAUAGAUUAGGACUAGCCAUAAUAAUGUUUAAGUUCAAGCAGAGCUUAGUCUUCAUGCAGGUGGUCUCGGUCUUGGGGUAUGGUUUCUCCUCCCUGAUGAUCACAGUGGUCAACAAAACAGUCCUGACCUCAUUCAACUUUCCCUCCUUCCAAGUCCUGGGCAUCGGACAGAUGCUGGCCACAAUCUUCGUGCUCUUUUUAGCUCGAGCCCUCGGCUACAUCGACUUCCCAGGCCUAGAGCGUUCAACCUUCCAAAAGAUUUGUCCCCUACCGUUAAUCUACAUCUGCAACAUGAUCUUUGGCCUCGGAGGCACGAAGCAGCUGAGCCUGCCAAUGUUCACCGCACUCAGGAGAUUCAGCAUACUGAUGACCAUGAUAGGCGAGUACUACAUCCUCGGCGUCAAGGCCAACACUUCGGUUCAGCUGAGCGUGUACACUAUGAUAGUAGGAGCCCUACUGGCGGCUCUAAACGAUCUGGCCUUCAACCUCGAGGGCUACGUCUUCAUUUUGCUGAACGACUUCUUCACCGCGGCCAACGGGGUCUACAUGAAGCAAAAACUCGACUCCAAGGAACUCGGCAAGUACGGCCUCAUGUACUACAACUCGCUGUUCAUGGUCGUACCCGCGAUACUGGCUGCCUGGUUCACAGGUGACAUCGACAAAUCGGUCCAAUUCCCGCACUGGACGAGCACCCUCUUCCUCGUACAAUUCGCCAUGUCGUGCUUCCUUGGUUUCGUCCUAUCUUAUAGCGUGAUACUCUGCACGUAUUACAAUUCCGCCCUGACCACGACGAUCAUCGGUUGUCUGAAGAACAUAUCCGUCACGUACCUUGGCAUGAUGAUCGGCGGCGACUACGUAUUCUCGUGGCUGAACUUUUUCGGCCUGAAUCUCAGCGUCCUGGGCAGUCUCAUUUACACGUGGGUGACUUUUCGCAGAAAAGCCGAGCCCGUGGAACCAAAGUACGCGCCCCUCAAGGAGGAGCAGGACAAUAAUAGACUGCUGAUCGUGUAGUUGAUUUCUUAUUUUGUCGAGCGUUCUAGCUAAGCUGCAAGGGUAAGAUUCGACGUUUACUAGACUCAUCCGAGGUGAAUAGAGUGGUUUUUUGUUUUAAAACGAAAGAUAAUUAUUUUGUAACUGAAGACGCUGAAGAGAAAUGUAUGAUCUUAUGCUUGGUUUUGUAAGAGUGUCACUUUGAGUGCUUAUUCGCUUAGGAGUGAAAUGUCAUUGUUUCAGCAUAAGCUGCAAAUAAGCGCACAUCGCCGAAAAGAUCAUUUUUACACAUUUGUAAAUUGCGUUUUUGUAAAUAAUUACGAUAAUCGUGAUCUUCGAACAUAUAUAUAUAUUUUUUUUAAAGAGCAAAGUUUUGUUAACGAAGUGGAGAGAGAAUGAGCACGUGAUUUCGUUGUUAACAGCAUAGUUUGGCUAUGAACGAUGUUGAAUGUUCAAGGGACUUCAUAGUUGUGAUCAAUUGUUUUCGCUCUCAGCUGGCAGCCGAAAAAUAUUUACAUACAUUUGAUAGUCAAUUGUCAUGCCAAUCAUGUUAUGUUGCCAAAAUGAAUGGAGAAAGUUUUGCUGUAGUGCAAUUGACGAUUGGUGCCAUUUGAUGGAUUACUUUUUAUUUUUCUUUUUAAUCAUUCCUUCGAGUAUUUUUUACUCUUGAAGUUUAUACAUGUUUUUGUUAUUUGUAGGUAUAUAAUGUGCGUCAUUAGAGCCAAAGUUAAGUUACUGAUACCUGGACGACACGUGCCAUAGUAUACAGUGACUUUUUUUUUUACAGCAUUGAUAUACACCAAAUAGAUCUAUUUAAAAUUAUUUGUUUUUCUUUUUCUUUAGAUAAUUGCGUAAGUUAUGUAAACGCGAGAGUUUUAAUUAUGUUCCUAUUGUUUUGCGUGUACAAAGAAAGGAAUGAAAGAAUAAAAUUAUUACAAUAAAAAUGCUAUAUACAUAAA